GGUGGCUAGGGGCCUGUCCUGCCAUCAGGUGGAGCAUCAGUCCAGAGAUGGGCAUCCCAAGGCAGAGGGGCUGGGGCUCUACGCUGUAUAGAACCUCUGGGAUGCAGGGUCCAGAGAGGGCCUGGGAUGACGAUGCCUAUCCGGAGGCUGAGCACCACGUGGCCGGGAAGACAGGCUUCUCACAGAUGCUCAUUCAUUCAUCUAAGAGGAAUUUGCUGAAUGCUGACCAUGAGUCAGAGCCAUUCUAAGUGUCGGGCAUCCUCACAGGGACAGGACAAUACAUUCUUAUCUAGUGGGCCGGGGAAAGAGCGAGAAAAAGUUGUCUGCUGCAUGGGGCAGUAACACAUGGAGGCAGAGACAGGAAGAAGGCACAGGCUGGCUCUCCCAGCUCAGAUCCUUGGGAAAUCCCUGGGGAAGUGAAGAGAGCAAUGAGUAUCUGGAGAGCAUCCUGGCAGAGCUGGAGCAGUCCAUCCGGAGGAACCUGAGGUCAAACCUGGCGCAGGCCCGGCAGCACACAGUUCAGAACCAGACCACCACCAUGCUGUCACUGGGUGCCAACCUCAUGAACCAGACCACGGCUCAGACCCACAAGCUGACUGCCAUGGAGGCACAGGUCCUAAACCAGACAUCACGCAUGAAGCUCCAAAUGCUGGAGAACUCACUGUCCACCAACAAGCUGGAGAGACAGGUGCUGAUGCAGAGUCACGAGCUGCAGCGGCUGCAGGGUCGCAACAGGGCACUGGAGAGCAGGCUGCAGGCUUUGGAAGCACAGCACCAGGCCCAGAUGAACAGCCUCCAAGACAAGAGAGAACAACUUCAGAGCCUCCUAGGCCACCAGACAGGGGCCCUGGCUAACCUGAAGCACAAUCUGCAGGCCCUGGGCAGCAAUUCCAGCUCCCUGAAGCAGCAGCAGCAGCAACUGAUGGAGUUAGUGCAGCGCCUGGUUCGAAUUGUAGCCCAGGACCAGCGCCCUGCAACCCUAAAGACCCCCAAACAGCUAUUCCAGGACUGCGCAGAGAUCAAGCGCUCCGGGGCCAAUGCCAGUGGCAUCUAUACCAUCCGUGUGGCCAACAUGACAAGGCCUCUCAAGGUGUUCUGUGACAUGGAGACUGAUGGAGGUGGCUGGACUCUCAUCCAACGCAGGCAGGAUGGAAGCAUGAGUUUCCAGAGGACCUGGGAGGAAUACAAAGAGGGUUUUGGUAAUGUGGCCGGAGAGCUCUGGCUGGGCAACGAGGCUGUGCACCACCUCACCAGCAGGACAGCCCAUUUGCUGCGUGUGGAGCUGCAUGACUGGGAAGGCCGCCAGACCUCCAUCCAGUAUGAGCAUUUCCAGCUGGGCAAUGAGAGGCAGCGGUACAGGUGGGCUUGGGGCCCAGGCUUGUGGGUGGUUUGGAGUCCCAAGGCAAGUGGCUGCAGAGCCUGCACCAAGGGUCAUUCCCUGGGCGUCUCCUGCCUCCACCAUCUGGCCCCCAUUUGGGUGCACGUCACGGGAUCUGGAGGUGGCUGCUUAGCACUCAGCACAUCUCGGCCACUGGGUGGGGUGAAGAGACUGUCACUGACGCCACCAUGCCUAGAGCAGAAGGGAUCGCCCCAGCCACAGACAGCAGGAGUGGGGGUUGACUUCUCAGUUUGUCCUAUGCCCUGUGGUACGGUGAGAGAGUCCCCACAGUGGGAGAAAGAAGAACCCUUCCCAGCGCUGCUGUUUGCAGCUCUGAAUAAAGCCUGGGCACAUCAAGGUCAGCAUUCUCUUCAGCAGUGUUGGGCGUAAGACCACAGUCAAGUCAUCAAGGCUUCCCGCCCCCACCCUCUGCCUGGUUUAUGGUGUGUGAUAGGGAAAAGAAGCAUUUCCCAGACACUGUUUAACCCUCUCCUCAACGGUGUGGGGCAGACAUUACUGCACAUGGUUUCGUGAGAAGGAAACUGAGUCUUUUGUCUAAAAUGCCAAGUUAAAUGGAUCCUGGAUCUGAACUUAGUUCCCCCGUUAUCAAAUCCCGUGUCUCCACUCUGUGAUGUCACCUCUCUGAGACACUCACUGACCUUCAAACUAAGCCAGUGUCUUAGCUAUCUUUGAACCAGGCCUGAAUGAGCUCAUGGACUCACCCAUGGUGCUGCAAGGAUGCCCCCUGACAUAUGUCCCCUCUACAGCUGCAGACAACUUUCAGAAAGCCGAGAAGCUCGCUCUUCCUCCCGGGGAUCUCUAAAUGACUCUUUGCCUGUAAAUUUACUUCUAGGGACCUCCCCCAGAAUCUCUCCAUCCAUGCCUCCCUUUUCUUAUGAAAUAUCCUUGCACAGUGGGCCUGCCAGCCUCCUUUGUGGGACACACCCCGAUGCUUGAGGAUGCAUCCCUGAGACUGAGCUGUGCAGAGCUGAGACAGGUGCUCCAGGACCUCACAGGGAGAACUUGACACACCCUACUGGUGCCUACUGAUGCCACUGACCUUUAAAGGACAGGCCGUGUCCCACCAGCACCCCUUUCUGACUGGCCCUGAGCAAAUCCCUCUACCCUUUCAUUGGCCUGGUAGAAGCCCUGAACGUACACCCCCACCCAGUUCAGAAAUGCAGACUCAGAUGUGGGGUUCCACCCAAGUCGCCCUCACAGUGCAGGGAAACAGUAUUGUAAUAGCUAUUCCUGUUGCAGCUCUCAUGUGCCAUUGGCUUGCUCUGAGAGCCAGAGUCUGGCAUCAUAACCUAUGGGUAAGGCAACUAGCAUAUAGUGAGUGUUGGGUAAGUGUUGGAGAUCUUUAAAUGCUAGGUUGAAAGUCAGAACUAUUCUACCCCCAACAUCUGUCUAACAGUGUAUGAGUUUGUGUCUAUCACCAGUAGUGCUCAGGUCUCCGCCUUCCCUAAGCUCUUUGCAUGUAAACUGGGUGUUUUAUGCACCUCUGGCUUUGUCUCUGAACCAUGGAGAGCUCCCUGCUACCUACUCUACCAUGCCUUAAAGGGCAGCAUGUACUUAAUAGGCUGCAGAGCCCUAAUGACAGGGUAUUGAGACUUGCCCUGUGCCAGGCACGUGCUGAUCACUUGGGAAAAUCCCUGGUCUGGACCUACCUCCUCAGAGCUGCUCAUACCCCAAUGUGGUGAUAGUGUAGUCGGGGAGAGACAUGUCCACAGGCAACCCACUUCCUCCAGGGAGGCAGUAGCUGCCAGGGACAACAUCCAGGACAAUCAAGGAGAGGUGAGGCUUGUGACAAAAUGAGUCGCUUUGGAGGGAAUUCUAGAAAAUGAGAUUUUCUCAAAAACAGCAGAGAGGAAUGAAGAGAUAGCUCAGUCAAUAAGGUUCAUGCCUUUCCAACAUAAGGGCCCAAGUUUAAUCCCCAGAACCCAAAAUUUUAAAGGCAGGCAUGGUGGUACAUGCUUAUAUCCUCAGUGCUGGAGAAGAGACAGGAAGCUCACUGGAGCUCACCAGGUCAAUGAAAUAAACACCCUGUCUCAAAGCAAAUGCCUGAGGAAGGACACCCAAGAUUGUCCGUUGACCUCCAUGAGCACACAAACAUAUAUGUACACUUCUAUACACAAACAUCUACACACACACACACAUACACACACAUACAUUUAAAAAAAUAGCAAAGAGUUGGCAUCCCCCUGGGUUAUACAUUCCCCAAACCUGAAUAAGAUGUUCACUAGGGAGUCUAGGGCCAUAAGGAAGACUGGCUUGGGCGUGGGGUGGAUUCCUGGAAACCACUGGAAGGCCUGGAAACUGCUAAAGGAGAAGGAGGAGCAGGGGGAGAAGGAUGACAGCCUGCACUGGGACCCACAUCCGGGUCAGCAGCUAAGGUGGGAGCAGCCAUAGAAAAGCCCAGAGGAGGGAAAGAAAAGGUUAGCAGCGACAGGUAGAGGCGCCCUUGUCUGUCACAAGCAGUGCCGGGAACCCUCUGAACAUGAUGGGACACACUUCAUACUCUCAUUUGGAGAAUUCCCAAGAGAUUCAAGUAUCUGGGUUUCUUCAGACACACGUGAUCAAAGUGAGGUUUCCUGUGCCCUGAGGUAGAGGUCCCCAGAGAAUCACUGACACCCAUCCUGGUUCCCAAAAAGAAGAGGGACAUCCCUGAAUUUAAUGGCCAGAGGAAGAAGCCAGAACCUAGCCGUCACACCUUUACAUAACGCUGGUCCCUGGGGCUAGAGUCACAUGUUAAGGGCGCACUUGGGCUUUCAUGACUGGUCAUGAAUACCCUGCCUGGCCUCAGACAAGAGCCUGUGGGUGAGAGGCAUGGACUGAGCCAGACAUAGAGAGGCCCCAUGCUUCCUUGGGCCUGCAGGACUGGCUGCCAGGCCCUGCCCUGGCUGUCCCCUCCAUCUGCUUCCCUGUACUAUUAAAGCAUCUUAGUGGCUCCCAAGCCAACUUGUGCCUCAGCUGCUCAGGCAAGCUUUGCCUACACUUUUCAGCCAGGCUGGCCUAUCCCAAGGACCGAAUCAGCAGUCCUGAAUGUGCAGGGCUCACACUGACACCUCCCAACCUCUCAGCACACUUCACCUGCUGAUGCCACUAAAUCACAAGGCGAAUAAAGUCACAGUAAGUCUCUUAUCACCAUUUGAGUAGGGGGAGACACUGAGUCUCAGCGGGGUGAGGAUGACUUCCCAAAGCCAGGCCAUGCUGGGGUUUGAAUCCAGGCACUCUGUCCUACCCUGACCCCACAGUCAUUAUCACCCUGUAGGUUUGGACAUAGUCACCAGGGAUACAGAGUCUGGCAAAGACUUAGAAGCCCUCUGUCCGCUUAGCUGGGGUUUCCUGCGUGUUGGUACAUGGGGCUGGUGUGUCCAGGGAAGGCUUUCAGGAAGGGGAGUGGAGCAGAGCAUCAGUGAUGUACUGCAAGGUGGUCUGCAGGCAAUGCCAGGCCCUCCAGACUGGAUGCUAGCUCUGAUGGCUACUGAUUCUGAGAACUGAGCCACAUCCUUUGACUCUUGCAUCCCCAAGUCCUCAUGGGGUUUAAAUGAAAAUGGGUUAUCCCUCUCAAGACACUGAAACAAUGCCCGGCCCACAGCAGAUGCUCAAAAGAUUGCUAGCUCCAGACCUCAUCUGGACACACCCACCGCCAGACAGCAUCUGUGUCUCCCACUCAGAGCUCCCUGGAACCCCAAUUCAGCAAAUAAGAAGGAGCCAGCGGCAGUGAGUGUUGUGACACCAGGGUUUAUGCAAGUGAGGAGGGUCACCAGGAGGGACAAUGGCCUGGGCAUCAGAGCAGGCUGUUUCCCCUGCAAAAACAUCAGGAAGGAAACUUUGCCAGAACAAAGCCCUUUGGGGAGCACCAACCUAACUCCGCACCCCUUUCU